GCAUCCUCUGGCAGAACAGAAAAAAACCCGCCAAAAUAUCUUUCAGCGUAGAAGAAGACGCUUUCGUCCAAUCACAUGCAGCGACUGGCGCAAACCGGAAAAGGUCCGAGUUUACGUUUCAUUUCACAUUAUCGUUUGGAAAACUGCUGAAAGGAUGUCCUGUAACACCAGUGUUACUCGUGUUCAAGUGUCCUCUGUGGACCAGGUACAGCGAGCCCCAGUCCACCUAAUGCCCUGCGAGAUUGAACACGACGGUCCGGCCCAGGUCUCACAAUACUUAACUGCUACCACGAAACACUGUAAACAAGAGAAGACAGUGUCAUUCAGAGGGCGUGGGUUGAAGGGGCAGGAGCUCAGCUGUCCACAGGGCUACACUGGCUUGGUGCUGAAAGAAAUCGACAAGACCGGCUCUGACCAAGAGGACAGGACAGUGAGGGUAUCCUCUGUGUUUGACAAGUUGACCUACUGGAACCUGGAGACGCCUCCGAACUCUGAUGAUACAGUUGUGAUGGCGAUGGAUUGGCCGCAGUUGGCUGAGGCGAUCCACGGGCCAGUAGAAGACUGAAGAGAGAGACAAAACUACCUGCAAAGCGAUGGCAGGUUGGUGUCACCUCAGCGUGUUAGGAACGAAAUGUGAAGUUUGCUGGUUACUGGCUACAGUCAGUGAAAAGACUUAACAAAUGAUAACCAGCUCAUUGUUACUGUUUUACUGUUGCAGAGCAACAAGUAACAGAGGUAAUGUUUAUAUUUUUGUAUAAGUUCUUUUCUAGUGAAAUAAAGACAAAUAAAAGAUGUUGACUGAC